AUGACAGGUCAGAGCAUAUCUGGUACAUUAAAUGGGUGUUUCCGUCUCCUCGUACUGAUUUAAAUUAACACCUGAGUCGAGUCCAGAUGGACAGAUCAGAUCCCAGCUGUGUGUCCAUGAAGAGUGACUGGUCUAUGGAGCUUCCACCUCGGUUACAGGAACACAAUGAUCUUGACUUUGGUCGAGUCCAGAUGGACAGAUCAGAUCCCAGCUGUGUGUCCAUGAAGAGUGAUUGGUCUAUGGAUCAUCCACCUCGGUUACAGGAACACAAUAAACUUGACUUUGGGAGUCUCGACAAACUUCAAAUAUUAGAGUCACCAGAACCCAUCUGUGUGUCCAUGAACAGUGACCAGUCAUUGAAUCUUCCACCUAUUCAGGAGAAAGGUUCAGAUUUUAGCCCUGACCCUAAAUGUGCUGAAGUCUUGAACACAUUCAGAUCAAAUCUACAGAAGAAGUUUCAGUGUUUGUAUGAGGGAACAUCAAUGCAGAGAAACCCAACACUACUGAAUGAGAUCUACACAGAGCUCUACAUCACAGAGAGUGAAAGUGGAGAGAUCAGUAAUGAACAUGAAGUGAGACAGAUUGAGACACAAUCCAGAAGAAGAACAACAGAGGAAACACCAAUCAAAUGUAAUGACAUCUUUAAACCCAGACAGCAGACGACUCUGGGCCGGAUCCGCUCUGGAUCUGUGCCGAAGUCAACAGCUCUGGCGCUGAUCCGGUGCGGAUCUGGCCCAGAGUCGUCUGCUGUCUGGGAACCUUUACCUGAACAAGACAAACACAUCAGAAGUGUGCUGACAAAGGGAGUCGCUGGCAUUGGAAAAACAGUCUCUGUACAGAAGUUCAUUCUGGACUGGGCUGAAGAGAAAGAGAAUCAGGACGUCCACCUCAUAUUUCCACUUCCUUUCAGAGAGAUCAAUUUGAUGAAGGACAAAACACUCAGUCUUUUAGAUCUUCUUCAUGUUUUCUUUCCACAAACAAAAGAAAUGGAAAUCUUCAGUGAUGAAUAUAAAGUGUUGUUCAUCUUUGAUGGUUUGGAUGAGUGUCGUCUGUCUCUGGAUUUUCACAGCAGUGUGAGGUUGUGUGAUGUCAGUGAAUCAACCUCAGUGGACGUGAUCCUGACAAACCUCAUCAAGGGGAAUCUGUUUCCCUCUGCUCUCAUCUGGAUCACCUCCAGACCAGCAGCAGCUGAUCUCAUCCCCUCUGAGUGUGUUGAUCGAGUCACAGAGGUACGAGGCUUCAGUGAUCCACAGAAGGAGGAAUACUUCAGGAAGACAAUCAGUAAUGAGAGUCUGUCUGAUCAAAUCAUCUCACACCUGAAGUCAUCCAGGAGUCUCUACAUCAUGUGUCACAUCCCAGUCUUCUGCUGGAUUUCAGUCACUGUUCUAGAGAGAAUGAUGAGUGAAGCAAAGAGUCAAGAGAUCCCCAAGACUCUCACUGAAAUGUACACACACUUCCUGAUCAUUCAGACAAACAUCAAACAUCAGAAGGACUAUGAGAAGAAAGUGAAAGAUGAAGACAUGAUCUUUAAACUGGGAAAACUGGCUUUUGAGCAGCUUGUGAAAGGCAAUCUGAUCUUCUAUGAUGAAGACCUGAGAGAUUGUGGCAUUGAUGUAGCAGAAGCAUCAGUUUACUCAGGAUUGUGUACUCAGAUCUUCAGAGAGGAGUUUGGUUUGUAUCAGGGGAAAGUUUACUGCUUUGUUCAUCUGAGCAUUCAGGAACAUCUAGCGGCUCUAUAUGUGCUGUAUUCAUUCCUGUAUAAGACGGAUCUACUCAAUGAAUAUUUGCCGUCAGAAUAUGCAAACGAGUUCAUAUAUGACACAAUAUCAGAUCUGCAUCAGAGAGCUGUGGAUAAAUCUCUACAGAGUGAAAAUGGAUAUCUGGAUCUUUUCCUCAGAUUUCUUCUGGGUCUCUCACUGGAGUCCAAUCAGAAACUUCUGCAGGAUCUUCUGAAACACAAAGAGAAAAUCUCCUGGAGCAAAGAGAAAACUGUUGACUAUAUUAAAACCAGAAUAGAAAUAAAUCCCAAACCAAAUAAAUCCAUCAAUCUGUUUCACUCUUUAAAUGAACUGGGUGAUCAGUCUCUUGUGAAUGAAGUCCAGAAGUAUAUACAGUCUGGAAAUCUUUCAAACAAGAAAAUCUCCUCUUCUCAGUGGUCAGCAGUGGUUUUCAUUUUGCUGACAUCAGAGCAGUUAGAUGUGUUUGAGUUGAGGAAAUACACAAACAGAGACUUCAACAAAGAUCACAUGACAUCAGAUGAAGUUCUUCAGAAGCUGCUGCCUGUGGUUGAAGCAUCAAGAUCAGCUGAGCUUACUGAUUGUGAACUGUCAGAGAAAAGCUGUUCUGGUCUGACUUCAGUACUAACUUCAAAAUCUUCAUGUCUGAGAGAUCUGAAUCUGUCUGAGAAUAAACAAAUAAGUGAUUCAGGAGUGAAGCUGAUCUGUGAUGGACUGAAGAAUCCAAACUGUAAACUGGAGACACUGAAGUUGUAUGAUUGUGUUGUCACAGAUAAAGGUUGUGCAGCUUUGGCUUCAGCUCUGAGAUCAAACACACAUCUGAGAGAUCUGAAUCUGUCUAAUAAUAAAAUAAGAGAUUCAGGAGUGAAGCGGCUCUCUGAUGGACUGAAGAAUCCAAACUGUAAACUGGAGAAACUGAAGUUGUGGCGGUGUGAUGUCACAGAUGAAGGUUGUGCAGCUUUGGCUUCAGCUCUGACAUCAAACUCACAUCUGAGACAUCUGGAUCUGUCUAAUAAUAAACUAAGUGAUUCAGGAGUGAAGCUGAUCUCUGAUGUACUGAAGAAUCCAAACUGUAAACUGGAGAAACUGAAGUUGUGGCGGUGUGAUAUCACAGAUGAAGGUUGUGCAGCUUUGGCUUCAGCUCUGACAUCAAACACACAUCUGAGAGAUCUGAAUCUGUCCUAUAAUAAUAAACUAAGUGAUUCAGGAGUGAAGCUGAUCUGUGAUGUACUGAAGAAUCCAAACUGUAAACUGGAGAAACUGAAGUUGUAUUAUUGUGAUGUCACAGAUGAAGGUUGUGCAGCUUUGGCUUCAGCUCUGACAUCAAACUCACAUCUGAGAGAUCUGGAUCUGUCUUAUAAUAAACAAAUAAGUGAUUCAGGAAAGAAGCUGCUCUCAGAUUUAAAGAAGGAUUCACAUUAUAAACUAGAGACACUGUGGAUCUGAUGAUGAUGAUGAUGAUGAUGAUGGAGCCACUACAGUGAUGUCACAACUCAUUCAACAGAAUGAACAAACACUGAAGACACAUGAGUUCAGAUUUCAGUAUUAACUCCUGAAAGUAUACAGAGAUCAUAAAACCUCUAACAAUACAUCAUGUAAUCUGAGGGAAUUUUAUUUUUAUUUGAAGUAGAAAU